AUGGACAACCACUAUUUCGAGCCAUCCACACAGCCCGAUGGUGGUGAGCUGGCGUCGAAAAUCGUUUCGCUUCUUUCCGUCGGCGCCAUGUCAAUGUUAUUCGGCAUCAAAACGUUCAAUGUGCAGUUCAAAUACCUCACCUAUUCGCGCUGGCUCGUCUUAAUUCUUUACAUCAUUUCAUGGGGAUUCACCUGUGCUGGCAUGCUUUUUGUCACUACCAACAAUGGCAAUUACCUUUCUUGCUUCCUCUCCGAAAUGGCGUGCGAUAUUUUCUAUUCUGCUACAAAAAUCAUCAUUUAUAUGUGGCAAGUGUGGGUUGUAUCGUCAGUCAGACAAUCGCGCUGGAAGACAAAGUCGUACAGAGUCCAUAUGUUGCUACUGUGUCCAUACAUCGGCAUCGCCGCGCUUUUGAUUAUCUUCCACAUUGCAGAGAUUGAAGAAAGUGGCAUUUGUAUUAUUGGUUUGCAGCCACAAGCCAGUAUUCCUCUCUUGGUGUAUGAUUUCAUCUUCAACCUGUAUUUCACCGUAUUGUUCGUUCGACCUUUGAUGAAGAUUGGGCGAAGUGUACAAAUGGAUUGGAAAAGCUCACGAUUACACGAAGUCGCCUUACGUACACUUGCUGCUUCCACCGUGUGUUUACUCAUCUCAUUUGCCAACAUUCUGACAUUGGUCGUCAUGAAUGGUCGCGAACGUGGUGUGUUAUGUUUGACAUGUUGUACUGUCGAUGUCACAAUCAACGUCAUCACCAUCCACUGGGUGACAACCAACCCCACUGGUAAAACGAACAAAGAGCACAACAACAUCAGCAACUCCAAUCCAAACGAUUCAAUGGAUCCGGACGAUCCCACAUCCCGAGGACGCCAGCACAUUCACCGUCAACAUGACUCACAAGAUAAAGACACCACGUUCCGACGAAAAACCGAUCUCUACAACCUCGGUAUCGAUGAUUAUAUUGCAGACACAGCCAUCACACCUUCGUAUGCAGUUACUUCUGGUGGAGGAACUGUUGGCUAUGCUGCAAGCGGUAAUCUAGGAUCGUCUGGUGUGAAUCACAGUAGUAACAAUAACAGCAAUAGCAACAGUAACAGUUUAAUGCAGACAACUACGGGCGCAGUACCGAUCGGCAUGCAUGAUCAUUACCGCUACAUGAACGGCCGAUUCGUCAUGAUCACAGAGAAGGAGGACACUGAUGAUGAUAUUGGAGGGGAGAGCAGGCCCUCUUCUAUCCAAGAAUCUCAAAGCAGUCGUAAAUCGCUGACCAAGUUUGGAUCAUCACCCACAUCUUGA